AUGCAAUACCACGCUGUGGAGCUGAAUCUUUAUCAGAUAGCCCUCCUCGAUAGAAGCACGGAAUCAGAAGUUCCCCGAUUUAUAUCGUCGUCCGCGUGGCGACUUGAUAUCAUAUGCGCCGGUUUAAUAUCGGCCAAGUCACUACUUUCCUAUUUCAUUUCACUCCCAGCACGCACCCAGCUGGCAAUGUCCAAUUCAGAGUGGAUUCAAAUCGGCGUGGCUAUGAUCGUCGCGUCGAAGCUCUCCGUUGCAGCUCGCGGAACAACAGCUUCGAGUGAAACCCCCUCCGCGACUCUCUUGACAUGCUUAGAUUUGUGA